AUGGGAGAAGUGCUUGGAGAUAGACGUCUCGCUCGAGAAUGCUAUGCAAGGGCCCUACGAGAACCCUCAAAGAAGCCUAAACCGCCCGGAAAGGGAGACGAUACCCAAAAAUCCGACAAACGGAAGUGGGUCAAUGCAAUCAUUGAGGACAAUAAAGAAAUCCUCAUCAGUGUACCAGAUGAUAGCAUCAAGCUAGCGGCUGUCGAAGAGCUUAAGUUCAUAGAGCUCACACCUGGAGAUGAUUCCAAACUCCUGCGCAUCGGAUCUGAUUUAGAUCCUGAGACGGAGCAGCAGCUAAUCAACUUCCUGCGACACAAUGGAGAUGUGUUCGCAUGGAAAGCCCAAGAUUUGUCGGGCAUUCCCCCUCAGGUAGCCCUACAUCGGCUUAACGUCGACAAGAGGAUGAAGCCAGUCAAACAGAGGAAACGAACGUUUGGACCCGAACGCAACAAGCAUAUCAAGGCAGAAGUGGCUAAACUUCUAGAGGCGGGUCAUAUACGACCAGUUCAAAUCGAUCAGCUCAUCGAUUCGACCUCGGGGUGCGAACUCCUCAGCUUCCUCGAUGCAUACCAAGGAUAUAACCAGAUCUUACUGGCUCCAGAAGAUCAAGAGAGGGCUAGUUUCAUCACUGACCAAGGCAUCUACUGCUAUCAAGUCAUGCCCUUCGGGUUAAAAAACGCAAGAGCCACCUACCAGCGUCUAGUGAACAAAAUGUUCGCAGAUCAGAUCAGUAAAAAUAUGGAGGUGUAUAUCGACGACAUGCUCGUCAAAAGUGUCAAGGUCUCGGACCACCUAACUGAUCUGGAUCAGUGUUUCGCCACCCUGCGAAAAUAUAAGAUGAAGCUCAACCCCCUCAAAUGUUCAUUCGGAGUUAGGGGAGGCAAAUUUUUGGGUUAUAUGAUUUCGCAGCGAGGAAUCGAAGCUAAUCCCGCUAAAAUCGAAGCAAUCACCUCCAUGGCUCCGCCAACAUCGAUCAAGAAAGUUCAACAACUCAACGGCUGUUUGGCAUCCCUGAAUAGAUUCAUUUCAAGAUCAGCGGACAAAGCUCUCCCAUUUUUCAAGAUUUUAAGGGGAGGAAAAAAGUUCGAGUGGGAUGAGGCAUGUCAAAAAGCCUUCACUGAGCUAAAGUCAUACCUCGCUUCACCACCCUUGCUCACAAAACCUCAGCCGGGAGACACACUCAUGCUGUACUUAGCUACCUCGGCUGAUGCCAUCAGCGCCGUCCUCAUCCGAGAUGGAGGAAAAGGUCACCAACCCAUAUACUACAUAAGUCGCGCUCUUCAAGGAGCCGAGCAACGCUAUACCAAUAUGGAGAAGCUCGCUCUCGCCCUCAUCAACGCUGCCCGAAAGCUUCGACCUUACUUCCAGUCACAUCAAGUAGUGGUUCUCACCAAUUAUCCACUGAAGCAAAUACUAAGGAGUCCCGAAACGUCCGGACGAUUAGCAAAAUGGGCUAUAGAGCUAAGUGAAUACGGAGUAGAAUUCAAACCCCGCCCAGCUAUCAAAGCGCAAAUACUGGCUGACUUUCUAGUCGAAAUGACCACAGUAGAAGAAAGCACCUCUCUACCUACUUGGUCCGUCAGCGUCGAUGGAUCUUCUACUACAACAGGAGGUGGAGCGGGCAUCGUACUAACAAACCCCGACGGAGACGAAUUCGAGUAUGCUCAACGCUUCGAAUUCACAGCCUCGAACAACGUCGCUGAGUACGAAGCACUGAUAGCAGGAAUCCGCCUCGCCCUGGCAGCCGGAGCGCGCAAGCUCCUAAUCCAAAGCGAUUCUCAGCUCGUCGUCAACCAAGUACUUGGAGCUUACGAGGCUAAAGAAGACACCAUGGCCAAAUACUUAGCUCUCGCGCACACUCUCUUAUCUAAAUUCGAGAGCUACGAGAUAAGACAAGUACCUCGCUCCAAUAAUAUCCAUGCUGACAAAUUAGCUAGGCUUGGAAGCUCCAUGGCUAGCAUCGGAAGUCGGAAGGUGACGCUCCUCACCUCACCUCAGCCAGAGAUAACUUCACCCACAGAAGUACAGUACACCGAGGAGGAUGAACCAUGCUGGUUCACUCCAAUCCUGAAGUAUCUCAAGAAGGGAGAACUUCCAGCGGAAUCCACCGAAGCACGAAAGUUAAAAACAAGAGCCGCUCGCUUCGUCAUAGUGGGAGAAGAAUUAUACAAGCGAGGGUUCUCAUUUCCUUACCUCAAGUGCCUCGACCCAACCACAGCGGAUUACGUACUUAGAGAAGUACACAAAGGCAUCUGCGGAAAUCACUUAAGCGGGAGAACUUUAGCUCUCAAACUACUGAGGCAAGGCUACUAUUGGCCAACGAUGCAUGAAGACGCGAAGAAGUUAGUCCGGAAGUGUAGGCCCUGCCAAGAGCAUGCAAAUAUCACUCACCUACCAGCGGCAUUAAUGCAACCAAUUGACAACCCCAUCCCUUUCGCCCAAUGGGGGAUGGACUUAGUUGGACCAUUUCCACCCGCCACAGGAGGACGUAAGUACCUCAUUGUAGCAGUGGACUACUUCACCAAAUGGGUGGAGGCGGAACCCUUAGCACGUAUCCGAGAAGAAGAAGUCAUCCAAUUCCUAUGGAAGAACAUCGUCUGUCGCUUUGGAAUCCCACGUUCCAUUAUCUCAGAUAAUGGAACCCAAUUUUGCGGUGACAAAGUGAAGAAUUGGUGCCUCGGCUUAGACAUCAAAAAAUUCUUCACAUCCGUAGCAAAUCCACAGGCUAAUGGCCAGACGGAGGUCACGAAUCGCACCAUACUCCAACACCUUAAGACAAGACUUGGAAGUGCCAAAGGGAAGUGGGUGGACGAAUUGCCUAACGCACUUUGGGCUUAUCGCACAACCCCACGAGCAGCAACCGGAGAGUCGCCCUUCAAUCUAGCUUUCGGAACAGAGGCUAUCGCCCCUGUCGAAAUAGGAGAACCAUCUUGGCGAAUCACUAACUAUGACCCAACAGCUAAUGAAGAGGCUAUGCGGGGAAGCCUAGACCUCGUAGAUGAGUUACGUGAGAUCGCAUACAUCCGACAACAGAUGUAUAAAUCACGCAUGGCCAAGGCAUAUAACUCAAAAGUCCGCCCUCGCUCCUUUCAAGUCGGAGAUUUAGUCCUCCGAAAAGCUGAAGCCUCUCACCCCAUCGGUAAGCUCGACCCAAAGUGGGAAGGACCGUAUAAAAUCACAAAGGUGGUCAACACGGGAGCAUAUCGCCUCGAGAACAUUGAUGGACGCCCUAUACCCAGAACAUGGAAUAUAGGGAACCUCAAGCGGUUCUACGCUUAA